AUGCACGGCCACGACUGGCGCAAGACGGGCACUUCCGAUUCGAACCUCAGCUACCCCUCAGCUAGAGAACACCUCGAACCUCAACCACCACUUCCCACCGGAUCACGUAGUCCUAUUGCGGCAUUGCACGACACCACCCUCGAUGACCGUGUGCAUCAAGCCCUCGUCACCUUUCUCGGCGAGCAUGAACUGGCGAACAAGGUGCUGGCCAAGGCCGCCACGCUCUUGGAAGAUUCCCCCCAUCCCAUCUUCUGCAGCGGCACGCCCGAGUGCACGGCGACGAUUCACGACUGGCGCAUCCGUGUGCUCGAACCUCUUCUCAAGUUUCUCCUACGUCACUACACUCACAAGACGACCGGGUUGCCCGUCGAUCCGGAUCAAUAUCGCUUGUCCUUCACCACUCCCGACGCCUCACAACCGUCAGGGAUCACGCUCAACCUCCUCGAGCGGCAUCGCGGUCGCAUUUCGAGCGUUCCGAUCGUUUUCGAACACGAUUCCAGCUUCUGGUGCUUUGGACCGCAGCCGAAUCUGUUCGCGCGCAAGGGACAGUGCAAACUCUAUCUCGAGCAAACGGAUCCCAUCCCGCUGGACCCGAGCAUCAGGAGUCACGGUGCACAGGCAAUGCUGAACAGGGUCAGUUGAAGCUCCCAGAGGAUUCCCCUUCGAGCAAAGUAUGGCCACCGUUGCUAACGCUGUGUGCCCGCUGGGUUUCUAGCUGGCCGUAUCGAUGGAGUUGGCCGUCAAACGAAAUCCGCAGACCGGGGAGAUCAUGUGUGCGCCUCGAUUCGGCAUGCUGAUUAGCACGCGUAUGAGCGUCCUAGCUGAAGUUGGUAAGCUUCCGUAUCCCAAUCCAUUGCGGCAGCUUCUUCCAAAGCUAACGCCAUCUUUUGGCAUCCAGUCGAGAAUCCUCGAAACGCUCAAGAGAUUGGCUUUCUGUUCUCUUCAAUCCUUCUCGAUCCAGAUGACGAAACGCAGAGCCGUGGCGGUCUACCUCUGCCUUUCCUCUUCAACCGCCGUUCUUCGACGCGUCUUGCUCUUGCAACGCUGGUGGACUUCCUCACUCAUACUUGAGCUCCUUCCGCCGAGACAGUUGCGCGACUGUUCGGUGGUCCUUCGAUCGACAAGCAGGAAUGGAGACAAGUUUGGAAGCAAAAUUGGCUACUAAAACUCCAAUCUAUACCGAUGCAAAAAACUCCAUCGUCGUCGGUUGAGGUUUGGAAUGGCAGUCUCUUUGCCGUGCGGGCGGGGCUCGCCCAAGGCGACAAAUCAGUGAGUGCCGAACCGGUUUGCUCCAACUUGCGUACUACUCAGAUCCGCUCAACCAUUGACCGGGUCCUCCCUCUGUAUUUUCCAUCUUCAGCUACGGUUUAUCUGCAAACCUCAAGGACGUAUGGGACGUUUCCUCGGGAUAAUCGUGAUGGAAGCGAUCAAAUUCAAGGUUUUCCAGAAACCGCAGUCAGCCAAUGCACAGUCGUAUCGCCGGUAUAAACCAAGUCGUCGUCUGAGUGCGCUGCCUCCGCCCCUGGUCGCCUUUCUCGAGCGCGGUACUCAGCCUCGUGAGGGAUCCAAACGACCGCGUCGCUUAUCAGGGCUCGAGGUCGAAGAUCCUGAAUUACUGCCUGCGCUGGAGUUUCAUCAACUGAUAGCUAUGGGCGGCGCUGGGUGGGUAUAUGGUGGUAUACUCUCUCAAGCUCCCUCACAGCUCCAGUCCAACCUGCCAAACGUCGUUUCGGUGGACAAACCAAAAACAUCCUCGUCUAAACUUGAGCUCGAACACCGACAAGUGUCCCGUCCCAAGCGGCAGCUACCUACCAGGAAGAGCCAUCUUCCAUUCGACGAGCCGAUUAUCAUCAAGGCCUUCCGUCCGGACCAUAGGGACUCCUUCAUUCAGGAAUCCUUCUUUUACGAGAAGGUUUUCCCCCUCUUAUCGCCCGAAGCUCAAGCGGUACUUCCUCGCUAUCACGGGACCUUCCGGUCCACGGAUGGGAGCGUUUACAUGCUCAUUUUGGGGUUUUCGGGUCGUCAUAUCGAAGAGAAAGACUGCACCGAUGAGACACGUGCCAAAAUUGCGUGAGUUGACUCGUACUGCUGGUUUUUCUUACCUCAUCUCAUCUGACACUGUCGGUUCAUGGUGCGGCAAACCUUGUUGCGAUGGCGCAGAGCCGCUUUCGAGCUUCUUGUCCAGCAGGGUGUCGCACAUGGUGAUGAGGAGGAAAGAAAUAUUUUGAUUCGAGACGAUGACUCGAUCUGCAUCAUCGAUUUCGACUGCGCCAGACUCGAUUUUGAUCCCGAGGUUUUGCGCGACCCGGUUUGA